UUUAGAGGAAAAAGGUUAUCAUGUACUGCAUCUAGGAAUGGUCACUGGUCAAUGUCCUUGCUUUGCCUCUCAGAGGUUGACUGUGGCUUGCCCCCUGCCCUCCUCACUCAGUAAUGUUGUGGAAUCAGAGCACCAGGAUAGGCUCUGAGGUGGUUUAUCAGUGUAACUCUGGAUAUUAUAAUGUGGGAGAGGGAAAUGUCUCCCAUAUGCACUGCCAAUGGAAAGUGGGACCAGACAUCUUUUAUAUGUAAAGAGAUAACGUGUGGUGAUCCCCCUAUGCUGCCACACACUGGACAGGUGUGGAAUGGCAGCACAAACCCUGGCAGCACUGUGCUGUUUUACUGUAAAGAGGGAUUUUAUAGAGAGGGAGGGGGGAAUAUUUCCUACUGUACAGAAAAUGGUUUCUGGACAAAGGCAACAUUAUCAUGCAAAGAAAUACUGUGUGGUGGUCCCCCUAUACUGCCCCACACUGGACAGGUGUGGAAUGGCAGCACAAACCCUGGCAGCACUGUGCUGUUUUACUGUAAAGAGGGAUUUCAUAGAGAGAGGGGGGGAGGUAUUUCCCAAUGCACUAAAGACGGUAACUGGACAAAGGCAACAUUGUCAUGUAAAGGUAAUGUAUAUGACUUUGUCACAUGUUCUCUAGUUAAACCUCCUUUGAGAUUUUGUGUAAUGUAUGUAUGAAUCAUAUCAGAGAGGCCAAAUCUCCUUCCUAUACAAAUAUCCUGGUGAACAAUCUGUUAUCUCAACCAUUCUCUCAUUCUCUCUAGAGGUUGACUGUGGUUCUCCCCCUGCCCUCCCUCAAUAAUUUUGUGAGCUCAGAGCACCUGGAUAAUUAAAUGAUUUAUAGAACAUUUGCAGAAUGACAGUAGUGUUAUCAAAAGCUGUAUCUGUAGUGUUGUCCUUUUCUCCAUGUGUAGCCAUUGAUUGUGGGCAGCCUCCCUCGGCUCUGAAUGCAGUCCAGCUGUCAGCCACAGGAACACGUUACGGCAGUGUGGCUAAAUUUGGCUGCUCUGAGGGGUUCUUCUGGAAAAGCGGGGAGAACUCCUCCGUUUGUGGAGCGAGAAAGUGUGUGGAAGGGCCCAAGUCUUGUUUGUGAAGCUACAUGUGGACCGGCCCCUGCUCUGGCCAACACAGAGGUGGUGCUGCAGAACACAAGUGUUGUGUUCCAUCGUUGUCUGGAAGGAUUCCACAGCUGGAGAGGAAGAAACACCUCUGUUUGUGACAUCACUGGGAAGUGGCAAGCUGCCACAAUGCGAUGCAGAGAAAUCAAGCCUGCCAUCAGCGACUUGGUUGUCUUUAAUGAAAAAUGUUUGCGUUGGAAAGCAGACAAGUAUGAAGAAGACACAGAGAAUUACAGAGUAGCAUUUGUGGGAUUCAGGGCCUAUCAAAGGUCAUUCCAUGACAAGAGGAAGAAGCUCCUCAGCUCCACAUCAGACCACCCUGAGAUCUGCCUGAACCUGCUGCCUGUUACCAACUACACCAUCAGCAUCACUGCACUGUCUGCCAGGUUCACCUCCACACUUACAACAAACACCAGCCUACAAGUGCCUCAAGCCCCAGAGAUUUUAUACAGAGAAAUUGAGGCUCCAUUGCCCACUUUGUGGCUACGCAGAUCAGCUGACACUCUGGACCCAAUUAGUUUCUACCAGGUGUUUGUGUUGCCACUGGAGGGGACUCUUGUGUUUGACUGCAGCUCUCCUAAGACCCCAGACUUCUCCAGUCAGAGGAAGCCCCAUGGACAGUACAUCACUGCCCAGCUCCAUCUGAGGGAUAUAGGGAAAGAGAUUAACCUGACUUUGGGCGAUGGACACUACUAUGGAGGGUUCUACAAUGCUCCUUUACAGAAAGGCAGAGACUAUUACAUCAUAUUACGAGCUGUCAGUCAAUGGGGAGGGGCUUUCAAGCACUCUUGUGUUAUUUGGGCAAAAGUGAGAGAUAUAUCCUACAUAAUGAAGGUUUCAUCGCUUUUUGCUGGAGGAUCAAUUGGAGUCUUUGCUUUGGCCAUUUUUCUGGGACACUGUUACACCUGGUUUUGUAAGAAGACAUGACAGUCAUCGUGAGGACUGCCUUUUUAAGUUGGGUCACACUUGGUUUAUAUUAGCAUAACGUUCAACGACAUUUACCUGUCAUAUUGUAACUGUGUAAAAAUGUGUUUUGUAUUGUAGUUGUUUUCUGUACUAAAAUAAAGGUAUAAAAAU